AUGUCUUUUCAUUCCCACGAAGCUGAAUAUUUAGAAAACCUUCUAGCUUCCACUGGAAACCGGGAAGUCGAAGGUUACAUAAAUGCCACACCUCAGACAAGCAAUGUGCCCCCAGUUUCGUUUCCAAACAUAAAUUAUAAUAUGGCUUCAGUAUUCGCAAACAACGCUUUAAGGGGCAAUACAUCAAUGAUUUCAAAUCAAGAUAAUUCUCAACAAUCAUCCAACCAUAUAACGCACAUUCAACCUUCACCUUAUGAUAUAAGCAACAUUCCUUCGUCAUUGGAUCCUUUAUUUAAUUUAAGCAAUUUAAGUAAUGUAAUAGGAGGUGGUAUGGUGAAUAUCGCACCUGGUAGUGGAUCAGGAGUUUCGACAAGUUCUUCUACAAGUUUGCAAUCUAUGAUGCCUCAAGUUUUAGGUCCAAUCCCACCACCUCCGGUAACAGCAACUUCAGUAACUGGUGUUACAACAAACUUUCCUGGAUUAUAUUCUAGCACAGGAUUCGAUAUGCUUGGAGUUUUGGCUCGCGUUGCUUCAAGGCCAAAUCCACAAAUAAAUAUUGGCCCUGUUGAUAUGAGUUGUUCGUUUUUAGUGGUUGAUGCCCGUAAAUAUGAUUUUCCAAUUGUUUAUGCCAGUCAUACGUUCGAAAAGUUAACUGGGUAUUCCAACUCGGAAAUUAUUGGACGAAAUUGUCGAUUUUUGCAAGCUCCGGAUGGACAUGUUGCUCUUGGAUCGCGUCGUCGUUAUACCGACAAUAACGCGGUUUAUCAUAUCAAGAGUCACAUGGUCGCCGGAAAAGAAUGUCAGGCAUCUAUUAUCAACUACAGGAAAGGCGGACAACCAUUUAUCAAUUUGGUAACCGUAAUACCUAUUACUUGGGAUAGCGAAGAAAUUGUAUAUUUUGUUGGCUUCCAAGUGCGAGACAUUAUUCAUAAGCUUCUAACUCAUUCAUUCAAUCAAUAUGUGCUGUUGUUGCCGAUAGAUCUAACAUUUUCAAUAUUUAAUAUGAAGGACUUGGUCGAACAGCCAAAUGCGAUAUUAGAAAAAAUGAAGGAUGGCACAUACGUUGUAAAUUAUUCUUUGAUGAACUUACCUCAAUACAUUCCUCCAAGUGGUGCGCUUAUGGGCGAAUCCAAUGUCGAAGAUUAUUUCCGGGACAGCGCUAUGCCAUUCCCUGCUUCACCUGAAGUAUUUGAAUUAAUUGGGGGAAAUGCAGAUACCGAAGGUAGCAAACGGAUGUGGAAUAAGAUGUUAUUAGAGCAUUCAGAUGAUUUCAUUCACGUUUUAUCAUUAAAAGGCAUAUUUCUGUAUUGUUCACCGAGUUGUAGGAGAAUAUUAGAGUAUGAUACAAAUGAUCUUUUGGGUAGUAGUCUUUCAACAAUAUGUCAUCCAAGUGAUAUUGUACCCGUUAUGAGAGAAUUGAAGGAAUCUUCAAAUGGUGCAGAAUCGGUAAAUCUUGUUUACCGUAUUCGACGUAAAAAUUCAGGAUAUAUGUGGUUCGAAGCACAUGGUAAAUUACAUUUAGAACAAGGUAAAGGAAGGAAAUGCGUUAUACUUUCAGCUCGUGAAAGGCCGGUUUAUAAAUUACAGUGGAAAGAUUUACAAACAUUUGGGGGAAUAUCGGAUCAAGAAUUUUGGGCAAAAUUAUCCGUGGAUGGAUUGUUUUUAUAUGCAUCUUCAACAUGCCAAAGUCUAUUAAAUUUUACAUCAGAAGAAUUAGUAGGGACUUCAUUAUAUCAUUAUGUUAGAUCUGAUCGUACAACUGAUAUAACAAGAAGUUUAACAUUCGCGAGAGAUGGAAAUGUUCAUAGUUUAAAACAUCACAUCCAAAAAAAAAAUGGUCAAUCUGUUGAAGUUCUAACAACGUUUUAUCCGGGAGAUUCUUUCCGUGCAAAUAAUAAACCAUCAUUCGUUAUUUGUCAAACAAAAGAAGUUGCACCUGAAAUUAGACGUCGUUCUAUUUCAGUAUCACCCGCUCAAUCUUCACCUACCUCAGCAGGUUCUCCGGAUGGGACUUCCUCAAUUUCUUCUGGAGGUUCUACACCAUCUCCAUCAAUACAUUUAAGAAAUGCAUCAAUUGAACACCAACCUACUGAUAAUAUCUUCGAAGAAUUAGAAGCGACUAGAACUACAAGUUGGCAAUACGAAUUACAUCAAAUGAGAUUAACGAAUAAGAGAUUACGUGAAGAAAUAGAAGCUAUUAAAUACUCAAAGAAGAAAAGGAAGAAGCGAAGUGCAUCUUCUUCAAACAAGGUAUGUCAUCAUUGUCAACGAAAAGACUCACCCGAAUGGCGGAAAGGGCCCGAUGGUCCGAAAACUUUAUGCAACGCUUGUGGUUUACGUUAUGCUAAACAAAUGAAUGCUCAAUUUAAUGGUCCACGAUCACCAUCUGUUUCACCAAAAUUAAAACAUAGCGUG